AUGGAAGAAACACAAGUAAUUAUUGUUGGGGGCGGACCAGCAGGUCUUGCCCUGGGACUGUCACUCGCCCGACUAAAGAUUCAUUCCGUCAUUCUCGAAAAAGAAGCAGAGAUCACCACAGAUCCCAGAGGCGUUUUCCUCACAGGAGAUGCCAUCAGAAUACUACACAGUCUCGGGAUCAACGAUCUAGCGGGCAUAGGUCAUGAGAUUCCCCAUGUGAACUUUCAUCGCGGCGCUUUCAAUGUCCCACCAUUCUUCUCAAUCCGUAUUGGGGACAUCAACAGUCUUGAACAAGCCUUGCCCGAAGGCAUUCUGCAAAUGCAGCCGCGUCUAGAGAUUGCAUUGAGAAAGGCUAUUGACCAAUCGCAAUACUGUUCAUUUUGGCCUUCCUGUGAAGUGGUCUCAAGGUCUGAACAAGAUCCACCAGUGAUCGACUUCAAGGAUAGCCAAGGUACACGCCAACAAAUCAAAGGAGAAUGGUUCAUCGGCGCCGAUGGAAAACUUGGAAUCGUACGAAAGCACUUCCUUGAACCAACUGUAGGAAUAAAGCAGCAAGACGGUCUUUAUUCUUACAGCGGCACCUGGAUAGCUGCCAACCUGAAGAUGAAGCUACCGACUCCAGAAACUCAUCCUGACUUUCCACUCUGGAAGUUUGGUUACUCGCCGCAGGAGGUUUAUGAUCUCUUCUGGCCGAUUGGGUGGCACUUUUGUACCCCGCCUGGAAAGGCUACCGCUUCUGGAAGAUUUGGUCCUCACGAGGAAAGACUCUGGCGUCAUGAAUUUGCGCAAGAUGAGUUACUCAUCAAAAAUAACUCAGAAGAGCUUCUCUGGGAACAUAUCACGCCGAUGAUCACUCUUUAUCAAGACAGAAACCGCAAGCAGAAUUUCAAUGGCCCUGUGCAGUACCCACGAGAUUGUAUCGAGAUCCUUCGCUGUCGACCAUUCCACUUUGUUCACAAGGUGGUUGACCGCUGGUUCAGCGGUCGUACAAUCCUCAUCGGCGACGCAGCCCACGUCUUUCCCCCUUUCGCCGGUCAAGGUAUUGGCAGUGGUGUCAGAGAUGCUCACCAACUCGCAUGGAGGUUAGCUCUGAUGCUCCACCCAGACUCCAAGCCUGAAACCCAUGAGAAGCUGCUCAAGUGCUGGGCAUCCGAGCGGCGUCAGAGCAUCAAUGACGCGGCGCAGUUCUCUAUGAUCAACGGCCACAUCUGUAAUAAUGAGCCUUCUUUAUGGCAACGUUUGUUUUUCCGGCUUUUGAUGCUUCUGCACGGCACUUCUGUGUUUCGGUAUGUGGAUUACAUAUCCCAUAAAGAGAAGAAGGGAUUUUCAGGUGUUGAAAACGGGUUCUUUAUCAAGGGGGGGAUAGGUGGCUCUCGUUUGCCUCAGAUACACAUGACGUCGAAGGGCCAAGCAGAGUCAUUCCUAUCAGAUGGCCUUUUACGAAAGGAAAAUACGAUCUUUACUCUAGUGGUUAUGAGCGACGGAAAGCCAGCAAACCAGCAACGCUUGCACGCUGAGGCAACAGCUGCAGUCCAAGAAGCAGGACUCUCAUCCAUCCUCACAAACAAUGCGAUUAUUGUUUACGAUGCAAAUUCGGGCGGCUCAUCGCAGAGUCAAAAGACACUUUCAGACACUAAUGGAGGGCUUGGUCAUCCCAUGGUCUAUUCACCUUCGCCUAUUGCUGCAACUGACGGGCACAUGGCGAACCGAUAUGACAGUUCCGUCUUUGGCAAGCGUCUUGGGAGAGGCACGAAGUUCGCCAUCAUUCGACCCGACUUCUUUAUCUUUGCUUGUGCUUCUGACUAUGCUGGGCUGGUCAGCUCUCUCGAAUCGCUGAGAGGUUUUGUUGGGUUUGGGACUAAGAAAUAG